AGGUCAUACUUUGUGUUCUUGUUGUGUGUUUAUAUUACGGGUCGAGUGUGUCCAGGUCAAACCCGAUUAACCCACCCAACUAUAUUUACACCAUCAUUUUUGGAGCCCACCGUGGGGCCGAUUUUUAAAGUUUUUCGACCAGGUCAAAACUUUACCCCCACUAAAUAUCCAUAAACAUGUCUUCGAGCAACUACAACGCUGUGUCAAGCCAGGCUGCGAGUGAAAGCACUCCUGCCAUCCCGUUGAUGAUGUCGAGCAUGGGGACGACCUUUGCUCCGAUCACUACUGUAGGAUCAGUUGGCAUGAUCCCAAUCAUGUCAACCCCAACUCCUACGCCGACGACAACAAUAUUCCCAGGCUCGAUAACAACGCCUGGUGGAGCAUUCACACCAUACCCGUCAGCUUGGGCUCAGUUUGCUGCUAACCCGGCAAAUGCUCAGGCUCUACAGGGCUAUCAACAGGUGAUGGCCAUGAUGCAACAGGCAGGUGGCUUCAUGCCAUUUGCCUAUCCUGGUAUGACGCCGCCAAUUAUGCCACCUCCGGUGUCGACCCCGUCGACAUUUGUCCCUAGGGUGGUCCCUAUACAUCCGGUGAAUUUGACGGGGACUUUGAAUGAAGCAGCGCCCUCAAAUGUCCAUGAAAUCAAUGAGGCGGAGCAGGAGGCGGCCCGCAGGAAGAAGGGUAAGGCUAUAGCCGAACCCAGCAAGACUCGAGAUUCGGCAUUCAAACGCCUAGGGGGCAAAGAGGAUGGACCCCGCAAGUCUGCCAAGCUACGUCUUGGUCCUGAGAUGGGCCGGACUAGCGCAAUGGAAAGACUUGGCGGGGGUCGUCACGCCCAAUCUCGUCGUUCUAGGGAAUCUGAGACGAUUCACCAAGACGAGGAGGAAGCAGAAAGCCAGCCGAGGGCAGGUCAAGGGGACACCCCGCCGCUCAUCCAUCACGAGGCACACAAUGAAAGGGAUGUUUUAUUCUCAGGGUUUUCAUAUGGAGGUUUAUCUGAACUUCCAGAAAGUGAAUACUUUUCAUGUAAAAUGAGCUCAACCAUUGCUGGUGAAUUUGGUGCUUUUGGUUAUCGGCCUUCAAUUCUUACGGAAAUGCUUGCUGGAAAACGAGCUCAAGUCAGCACAGAACUUGGAACAUAUACGAGAACAGUUUAUGGCGAUUGUUCACCUUCAGAUUUAAAAACUGCAUUGCAGCCAAUUACAAUUGAAGAUCUUCAAAAAGCAAAUUUGUAUAAAGCAUGUGAAUAUUACAGUAAUUGCUUCAAGGAUCCAUCAACAUUUACCAUGUUGAUUGUUGGGAAUAUUGACCCUGCCACUGCUUGUCCAUUAAUAUUACAGUAUCUGGGUGGAAUUCCAAGGCCUCCUGAGCCCAUUUUACAUUUCAAAAAUGGCACUCUUACACUAUGUUUGGCUCCAAGGAUUUUGGUAGGAAAAGAAAAGAAUUUUCUCUCAUUUUCCACACCAAAAUGGAAGGAAUUUGAUUUUCCCUCCACUUGUGUUAAUGGUUUGCCAUUCACAUUUCCUUCAACCAUAAUCAGGUGGGUUUCAGCUUAAAUUAACAGUGCUAGCUGGUAUUGGAUUGCAAUGUGUAAAAUAAUCUUGAUUUGGGUUGGAUCGCUGCUUAAAAAAUCUUAAAUGCAUCUUCAUUUCUGUGUUAACCUCGAUUACUAUGUAACAAAUACUGUUCAUCUUGAUGUCACAGACUUUUUUAACAUGUCUCAUGUGCUUGUAGAGAAGUUGUUCAUAGCCCUAUGGUGGAAGCACAGGGUUCAGUCUAACUAUGCUUUCCUGUUCAGUUAACUAGGGACAUGGUUGAACUUGCAUUGGAUAAAAUAUUGCGUCUUCAAGAAGAUGGACCCUCCAUCAAAGAUGUUUCCACUGUGCUAGAAAUUGGGCAGAGGGCACAUGAAAAUGGCUUCCAGGGUGUGCCUGGAUCAAUGGAACCACUGUGUGUCAUUUCAGGAUGAGUCUGUCGCCU